AUUCAAAGUAGGUCACACAAGUAUUUCUUUUAUUUGUACUCGAACCAGUGUCUAGAAAUGAUGUUUAGAGCAGUUGCAGCAACAUUUUUGCUACUGUGUUAUAUUCAAGAUGCAGAAGUAGCCUUCUCAUCGUUCUAUCCAAAACUGAAGCCAAAAAACAUCAAAAGGGAUGUACGUGUUACAGAAGAUCCGCUGAUUUUAACGCCGUACAUAGAGAAGAAUCAAAUAGAACAAGCUCAAUCAUUGGCUGAAGUUCCGUCUGAUAUUUUCCAGAACGUAAAGUCUUAUUCUGGAUUUUUUACCGUCGAUAAAGAGUUCAACUCAAACAUGUUCUUUUGGUUUUUCCCAGCGGAAACCAACUACAAGGAAGCGCCUGUUUUAGUGUGGUUGCAAGGAGGUCCCGGCGCUUCUUCCCUGUAUGCCAUAUUUCAAGAAAACGGGCCAUUCCAGUACAACAAUUCUCCAAAUCUGGGAUUCAAUCCUUAUUCUUGGCACAAGACACAUUCAGUAAUCUACAUAGACAAUCCAGUGCAAACAGGGUACAGUUUUACUAACAAUGGCUUCGCACAAAACGAAACCAAAGUCGGUGAAGAUCUCUAUGAAGCUAUACGACAGUUUUUCCUGCUAUUUCCAGAUCUUCAAAAAAACGACUUCUUCAUUACGGGUGAGUCUUACGCCGGAAAAUAUGUUCCAGCAGCGUCAUAUGUCAUUUACACGAAGAAUAAAGAGGCAGAGUUGAAAAUUAACUUGAAAGGAAUGGCUAUUGGGAACGGUUUGUGCGAUCCUGAACAUCAAUUGGUUUAUUCUGACUAUCUAUAUCAGAUAGGGUUGGCAGAUAGUAAUGAGAAGGAAGAAAUACAUACUUUGGAAAAAGAAAUCAUACAAUCUAUUCAUAAAAAGGACUUCCAAAAAGCUUUUGAACAAUUUGACGACCUUCUAAAUGGGGACCUAAACGGAGGAAACACUUUGUUUAAAAAUAUAACCGGAUUCAGUUCUUAUUAUAAUUACUUACAUGACAAGGGUUCAGGCGGGUCAAACUUAACUGACUUCUUGGAAAGUGAGCAAGUUCGAAGAGCCAUUCACGUAGGCAACCUUAAAUACAACGAUGGAGUAGAAGUCGAGGAAAAUCUAGUCCUGGACUUGAUGCAGUCCAUAACCCCGUGGAUUUCGGAACUGCUCAGCAACAUCAGAGUUCUCUUUUACAACGGACAGCUUGAUAUAAUAGUAGCCUAUCCCCUUACUGAGAACUUUUUAAAACACUUGCAUUUCAGUGCUGCCCACGAAUACAAAACUGCACGAAGGCAGAAAUGGUAUGUGGGUGAUGAUUUAGCCGGAUACAUUAAGCAUGCUGGAAAUCUGACAGAGGUUUUAGUUAGAAACGCUGGGCAUUUAGUUCCUGGAGAUCAGCCGAAGGCCGCACUGGAUCUAAUUACACGCUUUACACAGAAUCAACUAGAAUAAGAAAUAUAUGGACUUUCUUAUACAACAUGACCAAGAGUAAGAAGUUGAAUGUGUUCAAAAUAUGCUAUUGACAAUAUUGUUUUAAAGACUAGUAAUAUAAGAAGCAAAAAGAGUCACUUUAUUUUAUAUAUAAAUUGUACUGACAUUUUGCAAAAUUGUUACUUUGUAAUCAGCAAAGAAGUUUACUAUUAGUUAUAAGUUAUCUUCAUACUUUUAUUCUUUUUUUACUUAUAAAUAA